AUGGCGGAGGCCGUGGAGAUGAAUGCCAACCUCGUGUCCAAGGAUAGGCUCGGCGACAAGAUUCUCGGUCUGGAGAACGGUGCCAGAGUGGAAGAGAUUGUGCGUCGUGUGCAAGACUGGCAGAUCAUCCAUGGCUCCCUUCUGAAGGUUGUGCCCGCCGAUGAAGACGAAGCGUCAUCAGCGGGGGCGAAGGCGCACGCCGUGCCUGUCAGUCUUGUUCCGUCGCCUUGGUCGCGACGGUGCUUCGACCGGGCCGUGGCUUUGCAAGACGGCUUCAACGAGCUUUACGCCCGGCUCGCCAGCAACGAGAAAGGGCUCGAAAGAAUGCUGAGGCCCUUGAUGGGAAAGGACGGCUUUGCAGAGACAUUGUGGAGCAUACACCAGGAAGCGAAAACCCUAGGCAUAGCGCAGAAAUGGUCUCUGGGCAUCUUCCGAAGCGACUACAUGGCGAACAGCGAAGGCAUUCACCAGGUCGAGUUCAACACGUUCGCGUGCUCGGGGGCGACGCACGCAACUCGCAUCUCCAAGAUGUACUCGUACCUUCAUAAGAUUGGAAUGUACGGCGACACGUACGGACCUCAAUCUGCGCCACCAGCCAAGCUGCCUUCAAACUCAGCGACGACAGGAAUCGUCCGGGCCUUGCUCGGUGCUCAUCAACAGUACUUGAAGUGUCGCUCCUCUUCAAACUCGGCAUCCACAGGGAUUUUGAUGAUUGUCCAGCACGGCAACUUUAACGUCAGUGACGAACGCCCUAUCGAGUAUGCACUGUGGGACGUUGGGGUACCAGUAUAUCGUCUUGAGUUCCGUGCGAUCCUACAGUAUUUGUCCCUUGGACCCAACAAAGAAUUGCUUUACAAGCUACCAUCGUGCGAGCUGGCACCACUUGAAGUGUCCGUCGUCUACUACCGCGCGGGUCACAAACCUGCCGAAUACCUGCGCGAUGGUGCUGAGGCGCGAUUGUUGAUAGAGAUCUCCCAGGCAAUCAAAUGCCCUUCGAUCCUGAGCCACCUCACCACCUUCAAACAUGUUCAACAGGAACUCGCGAAGCCUGGAGCUUUGCAAGCCUGCUUUCCGGGCGCGAGGCAAAUCCCUCGAGUUGAUGAAACAUUCGUGCCCAUGUUCGUGCUCGACAAAUCCGAGCGAGGAAUUCAUGCGCGCAAUCUCGCCUUGAACGAAGAACAGGCUCGACGUUACAUCCUCAAGCCAUCGCGGGAAGGUGGAGGUAACAAUGUCUACGGUCGCGACAUCCCGGCCUUUCUACAAACGGUGCGAGAAGAGCUGUGGCCUACUUUCACACUGAUGGAGAAGAUUGAGGUGACUCCCCACAACGCACUGCUCUUGUCCCAGAAUGGGCUGUACAUGGGACCGGCCGUGAGUGAGUUGGGGAUCGUCGGAUCUAUCCUGUGGCGACCUGAUGAUCGUGAUGAUGGGAUACCGUCUAUUGAAAUCGAUUUCAACAAGCCAAUAGGCUGGACGUUCAAGACGAAGCCUUCUACUGUAGACGAGAUGAGUGUGGUCAAAGGCUACGGUUUUUUUGAUAGUCCAUAUCUGCUUGAUGACUGAAAGAAAUAGGAAAUCGCUUCACCCGUCUAUGUAACCGUAAAUGAGGUCUACUGAGCAUACUCAGCACGCCACAGAGCUAGCUGCUCGAGAGUCACGUUGCUACCACCGCAGAUAACGACAACAAUCUUCAUAUCUGGAGUAAUCGGCCGGCCAAGCGCCUCUGCCAACUUGCCAUUGUAGCAAAGUGCAGCAUUAACACCGCAGGCAGGCUCGACAAGAAGACGCUCGUCAUCUGCUAGCCUGCAGCAUCCCAUAACAGCCUCUGCAUCGCUGAGCACGAAGCUAUGUACGUUCUCCCGUUGCGCAAGCUCAUAGGUUCGCUUGGAAACGCGAACGCACCCAAGAGAGUUGGCAAUGCUCGUGAUCCCGGGCAAU